CGGGGCCGGCGCCGCUCGGGCUGCCCGGGCUGCCCAGGGCUCACGGGGCCGCCACGGCGGGCGGGAAGAGCCGGGGCGGGCGGCGGCGGCGCCAUGGAGGAUGAAAUGCCCAAGACCCUGUACGUGGGGAACCUCUCCAGGGACGUGACCGAGGCUCUGAUCCUGCAGCUCUUCAGCCAGAUCGGACCCUGCAAGAACUGCAAGAUGAUCAUGGAUACAGCUGGCAAUGACCCCUACUGCUUCGUGGAGUUCUACGAGCACCGGCACGCGGCCGCGGCGCUGGCUGCCAUGAACGGCAGGAAGAUAAUGGGUAAGGAGGUCAAAGUGAACUGGGCCACCACCCCCAGCAGCCAGAAGAAAGACACCAGCAACCAUUUCCACGUCUUUGUGGGAGACCUCAGCCCCGAGAUCACAACUGAAGACAUCAAAGCUGCCUUUGCUCCCUUUGGAAGAAUCUCGGACGCACGGGUGGUCAAGGACAUGGCCACGGGCAAGUCCAAGGGCUACGGCUUCGUCUCCUUCUUCAACAAAUGGGACGCCGAGAACGCCAUCCAGCAGAUGGGGGGGCAGUGGCUGGGGGGCCGGCAGAUCAGGACCAACUGGGCCACCAGGAAACCUCCAGCUCCCAAGAGCACCUAUGAGACGAGCACCAAGCAGUUGUCCUACGACGAGGUGGUCACUCAGUCCAGCCCCAGCAACUGCACCGUGUACUGCGGGGGGGUCACCUCGGGCCUCACAGAGCAGCUGAUGCGCCAGACCUUCUCCCCCUUCGGGCAGAUCAUGGAGAUCCGGGUGUUCCCGGACAAAGGCUACUCCUUCGUCAGGUUCAGUUCCCAUGAGAGCGCUGCCCACGCCAUCGUCUCCGUCAACGGCACCACCAUCGAGGGCCACGUGGUCAAGUGCUACUGGGGCAAGGAGACCCCCGACAUGGCCAGCCCUGUGCAGCAGGGCCAGCUGAGCUACCCGCCGGCCUACGGGCAGUGGGCUCAGUGGUACGGCGGCGCCCAGCUGGGCCAGUACGUGCCCAACGGCUGGCAGGUGCCCACCUACGGCGUGUACGGCCAGGCCUGGAGCCAGCAGGGCUUUGGGCAGAGCCAGCCCCCCGCGCCGUGGCUGCCGGCCCCGUUCAGCGUGCAGGGCCAGAACGGCGCCGUGCUGCCCGCCCAGCCCGGCUUCCGCGUGGGCUUCGAGACCCCCUGAGCCCCCCGCAGGAGCCGGGCCCCGUGCAGCCCCCGACCCCCGGCUGGGGGGGUUGUUCUGGAGGUGUUUCUGGAGCACGCACUGCAGGGACUCGGCCGCCCGGCGGGGAGUCGGGCAGGAAUUGCACAAACUCAUCCUCGGGGGGGUUUUUUUGGGAUUUUUUCCAGGGGUUUGCCCUCAGAAAAAAACUCUGGGGGGGGAAAAAAAAACAAAAACCACCCCGAAAGAAGCCAAAAGUGUGGGAAUGUGGAGCUGCCUGCAGCCAGGCUCCGUUUGGAAGGAGCCUCUUGCAGGAGGUUUUUCUGCCAGAUAAAUCCUUCGUUUACAUCCUU